UUCACCUCUGGACGUGUUCCAUCUGUUCUACAGUUUACAACAAAUAAGAUUUGAUAUCAGCCACCCUAGCGAUGUAUCCCAACUCCGCCAAAGCUUCUAUCCAUGAGGACUCUAGCCAGGACACGGUAGCCCACCUGACUCACCUGACAGGUAGCGCAGACGUCAUACUGGAUAAUGGCACGACAACGUGGCUCUUUUUGAGAGACAGCUCAGGCAUGAAGUUCGUAGCGUGCAGUCCCAAGCUUGUCUACACCGUCUGGCAAGUUUUAAAGCAGUUGAUUUUGUCAGGAAACGCAUCCAAGGUCAUACUGAUCAGGUCAAAGGUCACAGCUCGUCACAUUUUCUCUAGCUACGUUUCUGAUGCUCUCUCCAUUUGGCUGCUCAAGAAGCUGGACCUCCAUUGCCAGAAGUCUUUAUCUCGUCGUCCUAUGGAGCUCUGUGACCGUCUUGAACCUUCUCUACCCAAAAAUCUCCGUGGGUCUCCAGCGUAUAUGAGACAAUGCCUUCAUUCAUCUCGUCAGGAAUUUCUUAGCCUUGUUCUCAAACAGAAGAAAUGGCCCUGCCCAUAUCUAAGCAUUAUCAACGGCCUGGGGUCAAAGGUGACAGCCGUGCUACUAACCCUAGGGUCAAAGGUGACGGCCGUGCUACUACCUCUACACGAUGAGGCCGAUCGAAUCCUGGUUAUAAAUGAUGUCCAGAAGCAGCCAGAGGUUACGGCCUUGACAUUGACCACCCAGGAAGAGGCCGAGCUCGACCAGGCCGUCGUUGAUGUCCAGGUAGCCGGACAGGCAGAGGAGAACAAAAAGAUGGAUGUGUAUGAUGGGCCUGAUCACAUGACCCCUUGUCGUGGACCUUGGAAGAAAGUGUGGCUUUUCGUCAUGGUGAUGUUGUUGCAGGUGUCGGGUGUCCGGGCUGAACACUGUGUUGCCUGGAAAAAACUAGCUAGUUGUCAGUUUGAUGGAUAUAACAUCUCAUUUAACACCUUCCUGUACACGUACAGCCUCAUUGACUGUCCCUACGGAUGCUGUGGCAGCUACAAAGAGAAAUGCUGUCUUGAGCCACACAUGAACGUCACUGCGCAGCCUGAUGUCGAGUCUGAUGAUGAAAAACCUAGAGAAAAUGCGACGGAACCCUGCACGUGUGAGGAAUCUUCAGACGAUGGCCACAAAGAAGCUGACAACUACCGCGAUGAGCUGCUUUUCGGUCUGGUUGCUACAGCUGCCCUGCUCUUUUUCACCCUGGUCAACAGCCUGAAGAAAAGAAAGAAGCAUAGGACUAGGCAUUAAAUGGGAAAAACUUCGAUUUGAGAUCUGAUUCCGGAAUGAUGCUGACUGGAAGAUUCAAACGAUCUAAAUACCAUCAUGUAGUUUGGUUUAGCGGUCUCAUAUACAUCUAAAACGUAAAUAAACAUGACGCUAUUUAAAUCACUCAUAUAAUUCUUAUAACAUCUAAUAAAGUCGU